UGCUGUCAGGCGGCCAUUUUUUUGCGAACCCUGUGCCCGUGCGUAGGGCGAAGAAGAAAAAGGAAGAAGAACAAUGCUUCCAAAUAGCCACUCGACUGGCGUCCGUUUUGGAACCUUUCCGUGGGCAGCAGCACUGUGCAGCAAAUUGUGAGUACGAUUGUGAGUGCGUGAUGCUGGGUUAGGAGCAAAAAAAGAAAGGGUUUCUCCCGCACCUACUUGCGUCGGUGUGUGUGUGUGUACUUUUAGUGAUCAGUAGUGUAUGAAGACAAAGCGCACUAUACGGACAAAGUGACGCACAUCAAACCAAAGCAGGCCGUGUAGCGUUGUUUGUGCUGCCGGUGUCGUUUUUUUGGUGGUGAAAUUCUUUUUCCCCCGGAAAUUACGCACACACCCGCGCUACGGACGAGUGUACAGCAGCGGAACGUGGCUCGAAGGCGAAUAAAGUGACGUAGCACACUUUCACGCACGCACACACUUGUAUACCGUAGUGCAGAACGAUGUCGCUCGCCUACUCCCAGCAGUCACAGCAAGCGGCGGGUGGCGGUGGUCCGGGCGGUGGCCGCAGCGGCAACCCGCCGAACCGUGGCCAGGGUCCGCCGCCGAGCUCGAUGCACAUCCAGAAGAUACUGGACGAGAACGCGGGCCUGAUACAGACGAUCCAGGAGUUCCAGUACGCGGGCAAGUCGAGCGAAAGCAUGUCGUACCAGGUGGCGCUGCACCGCAACCUCGUCUACCUGGCGAACCUGGCCGACCCGCAGCAGAACGUUUCCUCGCUGCUUCCGCCGCCACAAAUGCUGCACGCGAUACAGCAGCAGCAACAACAGCAGCAGCAACAACAGCAGCAACAACAGCAGCAGCAACAACAGCAGCAGCAGCAGCAGCAGCAGCAGCAGCCUCCCCCGCCAUCGCACGACGGGAGCAUGAUGCAAGGGCCGGGCCAGCAGCCGAGCGGAAUGCCGGGCUAUCCGCAGCCCGGACAGGGGCCGCAGCAGCCGCAGCAGCCGGGCCAGCAGCAGGGCCAGCCGCACGCUAGCAACGGGGUGGUGGGACCGCCCGGCCAGCAGCACAAUCCCCACGGGCCACCGAAUCCGUCGCCCGGCAUGCAGCAGCAGCAGCAGCAGCAGCCGGGCCAGCAGCAGCAGCCCGGUAUGCCUCCGGGCGCCGGGCUCGGCCCGAACGCGGUACCGCCGGGCCCGAACCAGCCGGGCCAGAAUGUGGUGAUGGGUGGGAGCGGUGGCAAUCAGCAGGGCGGCUACCGUGCGCCUGGCACUGCCGGCGGGCCCAUGCCACCGGUGUCCAACGCGCCCGUGGUCGGUGGCCAGCAGCAGCAGCAGCAGCAGCAACAGCAGCAAGGGCUCGUUAAUCAGCAAAAUGUCGGUCCGGGCGGUGCGAUCCGUGCCGCGGGCAUUCCCGGCCCGCAGGGUGCUCAGCAGCAGCAGCCGGCGAGCCAGCCGCUACCGCCCCAAACGUCCGGCUACCAGCAGCGGGCGGCCUACAACGUGCAGCACUCGCACUAUCCGGGCUAUCCGCCCCCGAACCAGGCGCCGUACGGAGCGCAAACCGGCUACUCGCCGUACGGUGGGCCGCCGAACCAGGUGCAGGGGUACGGGCCGCCGAAUGCGGGCACACCGCAGGGCUACGGCCAUCAUGCGGGGGUCGUACCGCCGGCCGGCUCGGCUGGUGGGCAGGUGCCGCCGGCGUCACCGUACCCGGGCGCCACCACCGCCGGGCAGCAUCCGGGAGCGGGCGGUGGGGCAGCCGCGGCCGGCGGCGGAGCUGGGCCGCAGGGCUACCAGCAGGGCCUGCCGCCGGGAGCGCCUAACGCGCAGCCGCACGUGGGCUACGGUCCGCCCGGGCAGCCGCCCGUCCAGUAUCCGCCCCAGGGUGGUCCCGGUGGUCCACCGCCCCCGCACGGCUACCCGGGCUAUCCGGGCGCGGGCGGCGGGGCCGGUGCCGGAGCGGCUGCAGCGGCCGGCGGUCCGAACGGCCCGUACGGGCAGCCGGCCGGCCCGGGCCAGCAGGGCGGCCAUCCACCGCAGGGCCAGGUCGGGGGCUAUCCGGCCCAGACGCCCGGGUACCCGAUGCCCCAGCAGCCCCAGUACGCGACCGGCUAUCCGGGCAGCGGUCCGCCGAACGCCGCCGGCCCGAUCCCGACCAGUGGCGCGGGCCAGGCUGGAGCGGGCGGGGCCGGUGGCGCCGUUGCCGGACAGGCAGCCGCCUACCCGGGCCAGCAGCAACAGCAGCAGCAGCAGCAGCAACCACCACAGACGGCCGUCACUGCCGGCGGGGUGGUACCAUCGUCGGCUAUACCGGCCACCACGACCUCCUCCUACCCGACCGCCAAUCCGGGCGGGGUGUCGGCCGGUGCGGGCUCCAUGCCGCCCGGUGGCGCCUACAACGCCCAGCCACCGAACGCGCAGCAGCAGCACGGCCAGCCGCCCGUUUCGAGCUACCAGCAGCAGCAGCAGCAGCAGCAACAACAACAGCAACCAGCCAGCGCCGGCGUGCCCGGCCAACAGCAACAACAGCAGCAGCAGCAGGGCGCCCCGGGACCGGCCGGACCGGGCGUUUAUCCGCCCCAUCCACCCUACCAUCAGCAGUCGUACGCGCCGCUGCCCGUCCCCCAGGGCCAGUAUCCCCCGGCCCAGGCCGGCUACCCGCAGUAUCCGCAGCGUCCGCCCAACACGCAGAUGCCGCCGCCCGGUCCGCAAGGUCCGCCGCCGCAGGGUGGCUACGGCUACUACGGUCAGCCGCCGCAGUAAAAAGCAUUUUUUUUCUGCAACCGGAAAUCCUCUCUCCGAGGCGCUCUUUGGUUGAAACAAGAGCAAUGGGAUUUUGACUUCGUUUUCUUGACUGGCUUGUUGCGCAAUUUGCGCGUAUGAGUUGUACAUUUCAUCAGGUUUUUUUUUUUUUAAUAUAUAUAUUGCUGUUUUAAUCUCGAUCUUCCGGCGCAGUUAUCCGGAGUGGGCAAAAUGUAUGUAUUUUGUUUCUACAUCUCAUAUUUAUUGGGCGGUUUUGUACGCGCUGCCACGUGCACGGGCGCAUGCAAAGGUUUUAACCAAUUUUUUCUUGAUCUUUGACGAUCCUCCUUAAAUGAUGCAAAUAAUUUGCAAAAAGGUGCUUCAUUACGAGCAAAUGUAUUGUGGAUAGAUUAAAUUACUCUUCUCGUGUGCCAGAGGGAGAGCGCAAAGAACAUUUCUAACAAACAAUAUAUACAGAACAAAGGCAACUCUAGAGGACAGUGUGCUUCGGGAAUUGUGCAUACGGUACGCUUCAAUCAAAUCACAACCUUAUAAAAGAACAAAGAGAGUCAGAGGAGGAAAGAGCUAUUUACGCUACAUUUACCUAAAUCACGCUAACUAAAUAUAAGAAUGGUGUGCAUGUGUGCAAACAUAAUGAAAAAAAAAACAAACAGAUCAAUGUAUAACACUUGUAUUACAUAAAUGGCAUAUAUAUAUAUUGUAAGAUAACGAUUGUUUGCUCCUCCGCUGCAGCACAGCCGUCGAAUCGCGAAUGCUUUAUUCCAACCGGCUACCAGUUAACCAUCACGGCUAAAGUAGUUGCAUGCGUUCGGGAGGGAGAGAUGCUAUCCAACCUCUCCCGCCUAAAAAGAAAGUGUAACGAAUAAAAGGUGUACUUCAUUGUGAAACCCAACGGUUUUGUUUGUUGCA